AUGGAGGCUGCGGCUCUGGCCCGGCUGCCGGAAUAUGCCUCCACCACCGCGCCUUUCAGCGGCAAAAGAUGGUCGUUGCCCCGUGCCCAGAGGCGAUCGCCCAGGGCGACAGCACCGGCGGCCUCGCCGCCCGGAGUCGCGAGCUUCUUCUCCAGCUCACCUCUCACUACGAGACCACCGAGAAUUCAACGCCGAGGCCCCGGGACAAAGUGUGCGGGGCGCAGGAGGCGGGCGGACAUCCAGUCGGACACUUACGUGCUGCUGGAGCCCGGGAUGGACGAGGAGUUCGUGUCCAAGGAGGAGCUGGAGGAGAGGCUGCGUGGGUGGCUGGAGAGGUGGCCGGGGGGCGCGCUGCCGCCGGACCUCGCCAGGUUCGACACGGUGGACGACGCCGUCUCGUACCUCGUCCGGUCGGUGUGCGAGCUCGAGGUCGACGGCGAGGUGGGCUCCGUGCAGUGGUACCAGGUCCAGAUCGAAUGA